UUUUUUCUUAGAUAGCAGUGGAACUCCACAGUCUUAUUCUAAGAUUGUUAGAAGGGAAAAAUUUGGUGGCUAAUGUCUUCACUCGCCGCCAGAUGGCGGUUAGGCAGCCAUGAGGACCAUGGGCGGUACACGAAUUCGUCCAAAUGUUUUAUUUACGCUUCUUUGUGUUAACAUUCCUGAAGCCGAUUUGAAACACGCAUGUUUGCUAUACGACAAUUAUUAGUCUCAUUCUUGCUACCGGCUGUGUGUUUUCAGAACGUAGCCCAGAAAAGGAAAUCGUUCGGGACAUUCAAAGUAGCAUAACAACAACGAGUAUGACUGUCCAGGGACAAUCUAGAUUUGGCUGAACGCGUAUCCAAAGUUUCGUAUUUUACCUAUGUUCUUAAAUAUUGUUGGUCAACUCAGAUCCCGACGCUUGGUGUUUCCACUGCUCAUCGCAAACGUUGCGAGGCGAGUAAGAAACUCAACUGAAUCUUUAAAUAUAACGGAAGGAAACAGACCGUGCUUUCUAAACAAAGCAGGGCCCAAUCGUAAAAAGCCCGCGAAGCAUGAAUGAUCCGCGGGAUAGAACGACAAGAGCCACCAAAUUUCCCCCCGCAAUACUCUUCGCGUGAAGGUGUAUGCGUAGUGCCGCCAAGCCACGUGACACCUGUCGUCGCGACAACUGCGUGCGUUAACGGGACAGUGAAGAAACACGGCCGGUUGAUCUUGUAAAGGUGAAUUACACUUCUGGAGCUGCGAAGCAUGGGCCAGUUUUUACUGUGCGCGUGCUUAGAAAGCCAGAAUGGGUGCACACACGAAGCGAGAGUGGUGACACCAUUUUGACAUUUCUGCAUCUGCUUUCUGUGACGUCACAAAUAUUGGCAGAGCCUGCUCGCGCGUUCGUAACUGUAGAAAUAAAAAGACGAAAAAAAAUUUUGAACAAGCCCACUUCGUUUUAGCGUUUGCAAAGGGACCCAAAUAGGCAAUAACACAGCGUAAUGCAGGACGUCGACUGGACGACAGCCAAAAUUCGACAAAGGAAAAAUUUAGCCUUGAUGUUAUCGGCAAAAAAAGAAAGCACAACAACGCCCAGCUAAGCAACUGCGAAUAGAGCAGUGAAAGGAUCGUCAAUCGGCCUAUGAUGAUAAAUUGUUUCUCUUCACUGUCCCCUUAAGUCCUGAAAGUGAUCGUAUUUCUACAAAGUCUUUGCCGUGUCCUAAAAUGUUUUGCUGGUGCCAUAUCUUGUCGUGUGUCGUCAUUAAUUAAAGCUUGUUCGACGAACGAUGUACUGGCAAGUUGCUCAUGGUGUUACACUGUUGGGCGGGGCUCGCUUGCGCGGGGCGAUUGCAGCUGCUCCAGUCUGGUCCGCUGAACCGAGCGACGCCGAGGCCGUGCAGGGGAAGAACCUCUACCUGCCGUGCGGUGCGGUGGGAUACCCGAAGCCCAACGUCGUGUGGAAGAUCCAGCUAGGUAACCGGGAGUUCGUGCCCCUGCACCCGGUGGGUCGCCAGCGCAUCCUCGACAACGGCACGCUGACGGUGGCGUCGGUGGAGACGCAGGACGCGGGCGUCUACCGCUGCGAAGUCGCCAACGGCAUCGAGCCGUCCCUCGGCAAGACGGUGACCGUCUCCGUGCACGUGCCGCCCACCAUCGCCAAGGGCUCCAGCGAGGUGUCCGUGAAGCGCGGCGACAUCGCCAAGAUCGCCUGUGACGUCACCGGCGAGCUUCCCCUGGUGGUGACCUGGGAGAAAGACGACAGCCCGCUCAUACCUUCCACCGAAAGAUACGAGACACACGAAGAGGUGACCCCUACUGGCGUCCAGUCCGUGUUGGUCAUUCACAACACGGUCAAGAAAGACGCCUCGCAGUACGUGUGCAUUGCCAAGAACGACUACGGCAAGACCAGGGACGUCUUCAGGCUCGCCGUCCUGGAGCCCCCGGAGAGUCCGACCAACGUGGCCGUCACCGAGCGCGGCAGUCGCCACGUCCAGAUGAAGUGGUCGCAGUCGAGCAAGUCGGUGACCCGCUACCUAGUGCGCUACUGGAAGAAGUCCGGCAAGGGCAGCGUGCUGCAGGAGCGGGAAGUGGACGGACUGCGUCCCAGCCUGACCGUGACCAAGCUGCACCCGGGCACCGAGUACACGGCCGUGGUGCUGGCCGAAAAUUCGGUCGGCUUCGGCGAGCCCUCGGACCCGGUCCACUUCACCACCACCUCCGAAGAACCUGGCGCUCCGCCAAUGAACGUGAAGUGCGAGGCCAUUGACACCAAGACGAUCAAAGUCAUCUGGGAGGCACCGCCGGCGGAUAAGCUGAACGGCGAGCUACGCGGCUACUCAGUCAGCUACCGACUGGAAGGGACACCCUUCAGCCACGAGACAGUCAACCGGAACGCCAAACAGAAAGUGUUCACUGGCCUUCAGGCGGCCUCAGUGUACACCUUCUCGGUGAAGGCCUUCAACGACGUCGACUCCGGACCGGCUUCUGAGGAAGUCUCCUGCACCACCCUCAAUGGAGACCCGCCAUUGGUACCGAGCCUGCGAGUGACCGGCAUAACUUCGUCAUCCGUCAGCCUCAACUGGAACACCCCGCCCAACGCGGCCUCACCUGUCAUUCAGUACCUGGUGCAGUACGGCACGGACGAGGAGGACAAGGCGGACCUGCACAUUCCGGGCAACAAGGACACCGUGACGCUGCGGGACCUGCGCGCGGGAACACGCUACAACUUCCGGCUGGCCGCGUACAACAUGUACGGCCGAGGGGACUUCUCACACAACCUGCCCGCCGUCACCCACCUGUCGGACGGCCGGUCACUGCAGGUGACGACAGAGAGUGAAGUGCCCUUCUACUACCGCACCUACUUCGUGGUGCCCGUGGCUGCCUCGUUCACCGUCAUCAUCACAGCUGUAGUCAUCGCUUGGGCCUGCCUCAAGAGGGCAACCAUCAUACAGAAGAACGCAUACCUGAAAGUGUACGGUUCUUCCGAAUACUAUGGCGACUGUAAGCUACCUCCAGGCACCCCUCUGGUGAGCCAGUACGCCCGCGGUUCGUACGCACCCACCAUGGAGCACGGUCGCAACAGCCAGAACACGGAGGAGGCCUACGACAUCCCUUGGGACGGACCGCCCACACGCACUGGAAUGAUCAAUGACGGCAUCGGCAGUUACGCUAGGCUCAAGACGCAGGGAAAGCGCAACAUCGUGUAACCGCUCUGGGACCUCACCUAUAGCAGCUAUCGAAGCCGGCUGCGCACAGACCCGGCUUCCCUGGAGCACAGCAUCAAGUCAAGUGACCACAGCGACUGAUUAUUCAGCACGUAUCGAUUUCGUACAGGCCUUGUCAAAAGCACACGGGCUACGAUGCCUGCUAAUGUUAGGCUGACUGCAGCCUCUUUAAGGGAGUGUUUGUGCCAUGCCAUAAGUUCCGACACCCUGGGGAAUCAAAGGAACUGUCGUACGCAGCAUCCAGAGGAGGUACGCAGUGUCAGGAACGUCACGGAAAUUGCAGCACGCGGUCGAACGGCAUAUAUAUAAUUAAGACGCGGAGGAGCCUUAUAUUUUUGACAAGGCCUGUACACACUGUACAUGGAAGUACCUGGAUUGUCUGUGAAGCGCGAAUGUUCUUUAUUUCUUCUGUUUGCUUCUUUUUCUGUAUAUUUAUAUCGUUUUUGUAUUUUUCUUAGUCGCUUGUACCUGUGUUCCGUUUGUAAGAUAUUGCCGGAACGUCUGACCGACUAUAUUAGUGUUCUUCGGGUCUAACUGAAAGCAGACGACUUGGAGGAGUUCGCGCGCAUCCUCUGUUAUCGCACGUUUUCUGGUCAGCCGCAUAUCCUUACACGUUAGUAUUCAAAGUUUUGUGAUCGCUUUCCCGCGCAAUCCAGGUCCGCCCUGUACUACGAAACUUCGCGUUAGUGUUCUAUCGGCCUGAAAAGUACCAAGGUAAGUAUUUAACCAAGCUCGGAGAAAAUGGGAAUGCACGGUUGUGUCAUAGCCUCCGAGAUCGAAGGUGCAUGCGUUGGUGUUAAGGAUCUCGGAGGUCAUGGUUGUGCCUUUGCUGGAAGCCAAGGCGUGCGCAAGAUAGCGCCACCAUGUCGUCAGGUGCUAUCGCAACGUCUUGUAGGUAUGCUUCGUUUAGCCGGGUUCUAGCGACUACCGUCAAGCAAUAUUUCCUAUCUCGUCACAACCACGUGUCCGAUCAACUCGCUUUAGUCGCGAACACUGCUUUUAGAGCAACGACGCCUCCGCGAUUUCAGGGUACCAGUCAAUGAGAAUUUUGUGGACACUUACUGUUUGGAUUUACUAUACUCGCCAGGGUAGCUGGUCUACGUCUGGUAGUAGUAAAUGCUGCCUCGUUUUCGAGGUCCAGCUGAAACAUGCGUAUUUUAGGCCUAAUCUAACACAGAAUAAAACAAGUACGGGGCUCAGCAGCCUUCAGAUUUCACGGGUGUGUUUCCCAAGUCAAGAGUGCAGCGGAACUGAGCGAGCCGUGUUGCAACGGCGUGUGUGUUGUGUGUUUAAAAAACAAUCCCAAUCAUACUAACCAACAUUACGAUAGUCAUACACAGUCAUACAUUCACACUAAAUGAGAAAACUUUAGUACAUAUGCUUCUUGAGCAUCUAAGUGACAUUUGUGGUAUAUGUUCGUGAGUCUAUUGAUAUAUUAUAGCGUAUGCGUGGCUCAGCGACUGAGCAUAUUGAGUGUCAUUUGCAUGGAAUGUGCGAACGCAUUUCCAAAUUUUUGCGUACUGUAAAAAGGCGCGAAAAUAACCUUUAGUAGCAAAACACCUGUGCUUUCUUGGCAGUCCUAACAAUUGUACGCUGACCUAUUUUAUUCAUAACCAUCGAGAGGUCCAGGGAACGGCGGCAGAACAUGUACUGAGUGAAAAAUGGGGAAUGUGUCAGCGCGUCAUUAUAUGAAAAUUUUACAGGGCUUAUUAAGAACCACGUGAUACCGUUAUCGAAGAACAGGAUUAAAACAAACGCCAAGCACGGUGUUCCGGGUGCGUCAUAUCGAUGGGGGCGGCAUA